GCAGGACCCCGGCUCCUGCCUGUGCCUGGAGCAGCCUCGUCCUCAGGGAUGUCCCGGGUCAGCUGGCAGGGAACGUGCUGGGAAAGGCAGGGUGUUUAUCCAUCCCCUGGGCGUGUGGGUGGUGAUCCCUGCUCACUCAUCCUGCUAAUUAAGGGCAGAUUAGUGAUCAGUAGCUGGGGGACAGGUCCCUGAGGUUGGGCACUUCACUGCAGCACUAGAGCAGUGCUGAGGAAGCUUCUCCAAAACGCUUUCUUCAGCUUGGCAAAGCAGCACGACAUCCCCGGCAGCCCCCACACGUCACAUUUCAGGUGUCCCCAGGGCCUGGAUCAGUGCAAUGAGCUCCUGGGAGGUGACACUGCAGCCUCAGCUGCACCUGCCCUGGGACACCUGUGCUCACAUCCCUCCGGCAACAUCCUGGUCCUUCUCAAUCCCACAGUUCUGUGGGGAAAUUCCCUGACCUCUUAAAUAGAACCAGCACAGCAUCCCUUGGGUGGGGGGCAAAGACCCCCAGCCCCUCCCUGGCAGAGCAGCUCCUCCUCACCCCGGUGGACCCAGCUGAGCCAAAAUGUGCCCAGGGUGAGCACGAAGCUGCCAAGUUCCUGUUUGGAACGUGGACCCUGGGUCCUGCCAGGGCUGGUACCUGCACACGGGGUCACCAGGCUGGGCUUGUUGUUGUGAGACCCGACUUAUCAGUGCCCUCGUGCUUCCCCACUCCGGCCGUGCCUUCCUUCCGAGCCAAUUGUUGAUCCCAAAGUCUUGUCUGCACUCGAAAAAGGAGAUUUCCUGCAAUUGUUUCACAGGACUUGCAGCUCGAUGCAAAAUUUUCUGCCUAUCAGCCCCCUCCCCAGCACCAGGGCAAGGCCCGAGCCCCCUCCCUUCCCCUGCCAGACAGCAGAGCAAUCACAGCUCUGUGAUUAAUUGCUGCCCGGCCAGAGGUGCCUCUGUGGUGACAUCCAUCUGCCAUCGGCUGCUGCGGCAGCGCUGCCUGGGCAGAGAGCUCAGCUUUCAGCCUUUUUUCCCCCAAAUGAAACCCCGAGCUCACCUGGGUGUCGUGGUGGCAUCAGGGACAGCUGUUGGCACCUGUCCCACAACCCACCCUUGCAGGAGUCCCAGUGCCGGGGCAGGACCUGGCCUGGAAAAGUCCAUCCCAGAGGAUGCAUUUUCCCUACGGCAGGAUCCAGGCAGGAUCCAGCCCCUGAGCCCAGCAGGGGGAUUGUGGAGGGGACCCUCCAGAAGCCUCGGGGACCCCCCUGCAUCCCCACACCCCCGGGCACCUGCGGCUCCCACACCGACACCUGCCCGGGGCCUCCCCGCGCCCCCGCCCAGUCCUGCGGCAAAACCAAAAGGGAGCCGAGCCCUGGGGCUGGAAAUCCAGUCCAGUGUCACCCACGCUGGGCUGUCUCAGGAUGUUGGACCACGGCAGUCAUUUCCUGCCGGGAAGCAGCCACCAAGCCCACCCCGAGCUCUGCUCUCCAGAGGCGCCUGAGCCGCUGAGCCGAGAGGAUCCCUGUGCUCCCGAGCAGCCGCGCCAGGAUGGCUGAGAUGACCACGGCCCCCCCUGAGACACACACUGUCCCGAGUGAGUACGGGGACUACCACAACUGGUCCGAGCUGUUCCACCUCCUGAACCACACCUACACCUACUGCGAGUUCAGCCUGGACGAGAACAUCAAGCGGGUGAUCCUUUUCAUCCUUUACCUGGUCAUCUUCGUGGUGGGCUUGGUGGAGAACCUCCUUGUCAUCUGGGUCAACUGGCAGACACGGGGCAACAAGAGCUUGGUCAACCUCUACAUCAUCAACAUGGCCAUCGCUGACCUCGGGGUGAUGCUCUCGCUGCCCAUCUGGAUGCUGGAGGCGAUGCUGGAUUACACCUGGCUCUGGGGCAGCUUCCUCUGCCGCUUCACACACUACUUCUACUUUGCCAACAUGUACGCCAGCAUCUUCUUCCUCACCUGCCUGAGCGUGGAUCGCUAUGUGUCCCUGACCAGCUCCUCCCUCUUCUGGCGCCGGCACCAGCACCGCGCGCGCCGCGCCGCCUGCGCCUGCAGCUGGGUCCUGGCCGCCUCCAUCCCCUUCCUGGAGGUCGUCCACAUGCAGCUGGUCAACACCGGGGAGCCCAUCUGCAUCUUCAUGGCCCCCUUCGAGACCUACGACGAGUGGGCGCUGGCGGUCAGCUUGGCCACCACCACCAUCGGCUUCCUGGUCCCCUUCCCCGUCAUCGCCGUCUUCAACGUCCUGACCGCCCGGUUCCUCAGGCGCACCAAGCCGGAGAGCCGGCGGCACUGCCUGCUCAUCUACGCCUACGUCGUGGUCUUCCUCCUCAGCUGGCUGCCCUUCCACGUCGUGCUGACGCUGCUCACCCUCGACGGCAACCACAUCAUCCUCAACUGCACCUUCGCCCGCUUCCUCUACUUCUUCUACGACAUCAUAGACUGCUUCACGAUGCUCCACUGCGUCGUCAACCCCGUCCUCUACAACUUCCUGAGCAAGAACUUCCGCAGCAAACUCAUCUCCGCCGUGGUCAAGUACAUCCCCAAGGACCACGGCGCCCCGAAGGGCGCUGGCAACUCCUCCUCCACCACACAACACUCCAUAGUCAUCUCCAAGGACAACAACCCCCCCAACUAAGGGGGGUCGGACCCUCCCACCCCCCGUGGCAGCGGCAGCAGCUCCCCGGGGACACUGGGAUCGGUUUUCCUGGUGAUGAGGAGACACUUUGCUUUGGCACAGCCUCUCUUGCCAGGUGCCUCCCACGGCAGGACAGGGUGCCAGGCAUGAGGGGAGGUGGUGCAGGAGCUACAGACAUCUUUCCUCUGCAGUGCUGCUGUGUCAGAUCUAUUUAGCUAAAGAAAAAAUCAGAGAGAUUCCCUGUUCCCCAAAUGAAACCUUUGCAGUAA